AUGAACGAAGACGAUACACCUGAACUUGAUGCUAUCUUGAACGAACUGCGAGAUAUCAAAGUUGAAUUUGAUGAAAGUGAACAGAAGAAACUUUCAAAUAUGAACUAUUAUCCAUCGACAACGAAAUCUCUUUCAUCAUUUUCUUCGAACGGUUGCGUUCAUGAACUUCGUACAUUGGAGGAUCAAUUGGAAGCUGCUCUAGCUAGUUUGACAUUAACAAUUAAUGAUUGUACGAAGUCACAAUUGGACUCUCAAUCGUCUGAACAGCAACAGCAACGAUCGUCAGAUUCAAGUGCGUGUUCAAGUGGACUUGGGGAUGAGAUUGGCAAUGAGUCGUAUCAUUUAUACAGUACAUCAAAUAUCCAUCAUCCUUCGGCGGGAUUUCUAACAAAGUUCACAGCAAAUACGACCGAUGAUUGUGAUUCGGCUUUUAGCGAUAGUGGAUCUACAGAAAAAGUUAUUUUAUCCAAUCACGAUGAAUCGAUGAUCUACCGUUCAAUGAAGGAAACACCAUUAGUAGAGGUUGAUUCAAAUGAUUCAGUUUUUCCUUCGUCUUCUCCUCCUCAACAUCCAUCGAGAAUUCUUGUUCGCACGUACAAUGAUGAUGGUUCAACGAAGAGUAUAUUCGUUGAUGAUUCGAUGUUAAUACGUGAUGUUCUUCUGCUACUGGUUCACAAAAAUCACCGUGAACCGGACGUGAAUUACGCUCUGAUCGAGAUCCUACCAGAUCUACAUAUGGAACGCAUUUUCGAAGAUCAUCAAAAGUUAACCGAAGCGAUCUUGAUGUGGCCAACAAUUUCCUCGAAUCGCUUGAGUUUUACUAAACGUUUCGGAAAAUAUAAUUUCUUCCGUACGAUCUCAUCUAUUGACGAUCUAUGUCAUUCGUCAGAUCUCGAAGGAAAUAUCUAUUUGAAAGAAAAGUCUCGUAAAUCGUGGAAAAAACACUUCUGCGUUCUUCGUUCAUCAGGCCUCUAUUUCGUACCGAAAGGCAAAAGUAAAAAAGAUCUUGUUUGCUUGGCGAAAUUUGAGAAUGUCGAACUAUUCUUUGGAUUAGAAUGGAAAAAGAAGUUUAAAUCACCAAGUGAAUUUUGUUUUGCUUUGAAGCACCCAUUAAUUCAAAAGAAGAGUUCUAAAUAUAUAAAAUACAUGUGUGUGGAUACGAAGACUGAGUUUGAUCGAUGGAUUAUGAAUAUUCGAAUAGCGAAAUUCGGACAACAAUUAAAAGUAAACUAUGUAUUUAUGGAUCAAGCCAUGAGUACAUAUCGUCUGACAGGUCGUUUCGCUACUCUUUGUCCAGCUCGAUCGGAAACACCCAACGAACAACAACAACAACAACAUAUGGAUAUAUCUCUUCACGAUCGUCGAACACCUAUACCUCAAAAUCAUUACUAUGCACUUAAUUCAAUUACAUCAGGAAAAAACGAUGUUCAAAAUGACAACAACAACGAUGAUGAUGAUAACGACGACGACGACGAUGAUGAUGAAGAGAACGACGAUGACGAAGCGAAUGAGAUUGCGAAAUCUCCAAUUAAGUCCGCUAGUUAUAUGGACGAGUUACGUCAACGACUUGAACGUGUACUUAAUGAAUCAUCCGCACAGAAUUCGCCAUCAACUCAAUCAUCAUCAUCAUUGACACAAGUCAAACAGCAGCCCAUCAUCCGUCGGCCGACAUUGAUUCCACCGCCGACAAAAUUGAAACCGACAAAUAUCCAAAGUUUAGAUCCGAUUGAACCUUCGAAGAGCAAAAGAGUCAAUCAAAUCAAAUCUCCAGUUAUCACCGCUUCAACGCCAUUGCCAAGAAAGCAGAUCAAGGCAUAUGGUAAUCUUUCCUAUAGGACAAUAGAUACAAUCAAUUAUCAGCAACAACAACCACCCAUGAGUAAAAGUUUUAGUAUAUCAACAAAACGAGAAGAACACAGAAGCGCUAGUUCUCUGUCAAUUGCAUCGAAGUCGGAGUCAUUCGGUUUCGAUGAUACGGAUUUUUCGCCUCCUUCAUCAACUUUUCUAACUCAUUUUAACAAAUCGACUAAAGCAACAACUUCAAGCAAGUCGAAGUCCAUCGUAAUUACCAAUACGACAGUCAACCGUUCAAAGCAACCAUCAGUACUAAAGAAACCCAUGGUAUCAUUUCGUACAUAUACCCAACCACAAUCGACACUACCGACAAAAACUGCAUCUUCGUUAUCAUCGACUGCAAAUCUACACGUAUCUAAACAAACAAAAUCAGUCACUUCUUCCAUACCGUAUAGUACAUUAAACAAGAAUAAAGUUAUGCCUACAGCAACGCAUCACAAAUCCGUUCCACCUGUUCCACCACGUAAAUCAAGUAUUCCUCGUCCAGCGUUAAUUCCUCAACCACCACAACGAAAUCUCUCGACAACACUAUCCCUUCUUUUAACGGAAUGUCUUGUUGCUGGUGAUAUGGCCAGAUCUGUUCAACAAACAGCUCGAUUUAACCAUGUGAUCGUUAAUUCGAAGCAGAAUUCUACGCAACAGAUCUGCUCCGAUAAAACAGUCGAGUUAGCUUUAUUGUCGAAUACAUUGCAUGAUUCAUUUCAACUUCACACAACGUCGAAGAAGACCAGUCGUCAAACUCUUCCUUCGCCAAAUAAUAAUCGUAUCGUUAGUAAUAUCCGCGGUCCAACCUGGUGGCUUUCCUUGAUUCUCUUACUUCUAUCCGUUGUUAUUGGUUUUCAACUUGGUCUGGUUUUUCUGUGUAAUAUAAAACGAUGUAUAACAGAUGAAAUUAAUCUCUCGCAAGACGUCGAUGGAAAUCGGACGAACUCAUUAUCAAUUGUGUCUAUCAAUCUACCGCGUGUCCCGGAAAAGAAACAAUUGAUUCUGAUUGCCGUGAUGACAAGUAAAGACUUUCUCACAACACGCGCGCCAACAGUCAUGCGAACGUGGGCAAAGAAAGUACCUGGAGAAGUGCUCUUCUUUUCCAGUGAAGGUUCAACGACAAAUGAUCCAUCAAUCAAUCUUGUGAGUUUACCAGCAGUUACGGAUACCUAUCCACCGCAGAAGAAAUCGUUUCUGAUGAUGAAAUAUAUCUACGAUCAUUAUUUGAAUAAAUUUGAAUGGUUUAUGCGCGUUGAUGACGAUGUGUACAUCCGUACUGAUAAUUUAGAGAAGUUGCUCCGUUCGAUUGAUAAUCGUAAACCAUAUUAUAUUGGUCAACCAGGCAUGGGAACAAAAGAUGAGUACGGUAAAUUAGCAUUAGGUGAAAACGAAAAUUUUUGUAUGGGUGGACCAGGUAUAAUCUUAUCUCGUGAAACCUUGUCGCGCUUUACUCCGCAUAUUAAAAAGUGUUUGAAAAACUUCUAUACUUCUCACGAAGAUGUGGAACUCGGCCGUUGUGUACAUAAAUAUGCCAAUACGUCGUGUACAUGGUCAUACGAAAUGCAGCAUAUUUUGUACAAUCAUCCGAAUAAGACUGAUGGUUAUAGAGCAAGAAAUCUCGUUUCAACGGAUAUCCUACGUGCUGUAAGUUUACACUCGAUCAAAGAUAUUAAGGUGUUUACUCGUGUACAUAAUUUCGCGUUACAACGACGGAUGAUUGAGCUGGAGCAACGCACGAUGUUACUACGGCGUCAAGUGCAUCUAUACGAGAAGAUUCUAAGUCUGGAAAAUGACCUGAAAAAUCAAAAACAGAAGUUUCUCAAAGCUAAUUCAAAAGUGAAAACACAAUCAAAACAAGUCUAUAAACUAUUAAGCCAAUCCGAUGAGCAUAUUGCUGAACAAAUGAUGGCAUUAUAUAAUAAUUCCCAUGAACUAUUCAAUGUUGAUGGUCUACAAUCGGCAACUCUCGAUCGCCACUUACGAAAUGCUUUACAUGAAUAUUUUACUCGAUCGUCUCCAUCUGUGCCAGACUCAAUUCGAUCCAUGUUGAAGACAAAAUUCAGCCAAAAAGACAAAAUUCUUCCAGGAAUUUACACACUCUUUACUGCCAGUCAAUAUGCAGCAAAUACGGAAUUGCCUGUUCGAUCGAUUGAACCAGCAUACAGGCAAUGUUUCGAUGAAGUUGUUCGAACUUACAUGGAAGACGUCAACAAGAUCUCUCGAAAUAUGGGUCGGUUCUUAGAAUACAGAAAAACUCUCUAUGGAUAUUAUAGAUACGAACCAAAAUAUGGUAUAAAUUAUAUUCUUGAUCUGUUUCUUAUUUAUCGCAAAUAUCUCGGAAAGAAAAUGUCGGUACCCGUACGAAAGCGAGUCUAUGCCGUGCAAAGGUUUCGUCCGCUUUAUUUUCGUGAGCUUUCAUCAUCAUAUUCAAGUGCAAUAUUAUCUCCUUUCGGAGUCGACUCAUCGAAGAAGAAUUCUAUCUCGUCAUCUAUACCUAUUCGUAUGAUUGUACCGGUGAGCGGUCGAUUACCAACGCUGAAGCGAUUGUUGACUAAUUUUGAUCGUGUUGUGAUGCGUUCGAAUGACUCCGAUCUUCUCAACGUGCAUCUUUAUAUCAUUCUGAUGGAGACAGCAGAGGAUAGUGGUGAACGAAUGGUAACCAUUGCGAGUUUUGUUAGAAAUUAUUUGAAACAGUACGCCGCACCGCGCGUACAUUUGAUUGAGGUUGGAAAUGGCAGUUUUACACGAGGUUUCGCACGAUCUUACGGAGCAUCGAAGUUCAACGAUACAGAUCUCUUAUUUUUUAUCGAUUUGGACAUGAUUUUUACAAGAAACUUAUUCUCGCGUAUUCGUCAUCAUACAAUUUUUAACAAACAAGUUUAUUUUCCAAUUAUAUUUAGUCAAUAUGAUCCGAACUAUUGGGAAACGUCGAAAAUCGCACUAGAUUUCACUUCAUUUCGUAUCAAAGACGACAUCGGUUACUGGCGACAAUAUGGCUUCGGUAUGCUGGGAAUUUACAAGGCUGAUCUAGGACAAAUCGGUAGUUGGAAUGUUGAAAUAAGCGGUUGGGGCAAAGAAGAUGUCGAGAUCUAUGAUAAACUAGUUCAAUCGCGGAAUUUGACUGUUUUCCGAGCAGUUGACGAUAGUCUCAUGCAUGUAUUUCACACAAAAGAAUGUUCGACAGCGUUACGCGACGAUCAACUGACUAUGUGCAAAGGCACUAAAUCGAUUACACUCGGAUCGCAGCGAAUCUUCGUACGACACGUUAAGAAAAUGAUUGAGCUCAACCAAAUCUGA